AGGAUUAUCUAAAAACGUAGCAAGUACACACAUCAAAGUCGGAAUACGAUGACAAAUACAGGAGCAAAGAUGUUUGCGAGAGUCACGUUUUAUCCAACCUUAUUUUACAACGUCGUUAUGGAAAAGAUUACGACCAGGAAUUGGUACGAUAGGAUAGACGAAACAGUUAUACUGGGCGCCUUACCAUUCCGGCGAUCGACGAAGCAGUUAGUUGAUGAUGAAAAUAUUAAGGCUGUUGUAUCCAUGAACGAAGAUUAUGAGUUAUCUUUAUUAUCUAACACAGAAAAGGAAUGGCGCAGCCACAAUGUAGAAUUUCUACAAUUAUCUACAACAGAUAUUUUCAAGCACCGUCAGGAAAAACUACAAAACGGUGUUAAUUUUAUUAAUAAAUUUCGCUCUAUAUCCACUAGAAAACUGGGUAAUCCAUCAGAUACUAUUAAUGGAAACAGUCAACCUGGCACGGUUUAUGUUCAUUGUAAAGCAGGAAGAACAAGAAGUGCAACAUUAGUUGCGUGCUAUUUAAUAAUAAAAAAUAAUUGGACGCCCGAAGAAGCAGUAAAUUUCAUGCGAACAAAAAGGCCACAUAUACUACUCCAUACAGCGCAAUGGUCUGCGUUAGAGCAAUUUUAUGCAGAACAUAUACAAUCUAAAUCGUAAUCAAAAGUUUUCUAUACACACACACACACACACAUAUAUAUAUAUA